AUGGAGCCGCCGCCGCCGGACGACGACGCGAACCGCAAGGACGGCGGGUACGUCUUCGUCCUCGAGCUCGCGACGCUCGAGACGGCCAAGGUUGGGAAAGGGUACGCGAUUCUGAAUUGCGACGACCACGCAAACUUCAUCCGUCGACACGGGAAACAGCCGGGCGAUCACCGACCGGACAUCUGCCAUCAGGCGCUGCUGGCGAUAUUGGACUCGCCGCUGAACAAGGCUGGGAUGGUGAAGGCGAUAUACGUGAACACGCAGAAGAACGUGCUGUUCAGGGUGUCGCCGAAGACGCGCGUGCCGCGGACGUUUAAGCGGUUUUGCGGAUUGAUGGUGCAGUUGUUGCAGAAAUUGAGCGUACGGUCGUCGAACGGACCGGAAAAAUUGAUGCAGGUGGUGAAACAGCCGGUGACGAAGUACUUCCCGGCGGGAGCGAGAAGGGUGGGGUUUUCGUUUAGCGCGCCCGAGGUGAAGAAAUUGCCCGAAUACGUCGAGGCGCUGCCGGAGGACGCGGCGGUGGUGUUUACGAUCGGGGCGAUGGCGCACGGGAAGGUUGAUGUGGCGUACACGGAUGAUUUUAUAUCCGUGUCGCGGUAUCCGCUCAGCGCGGCGUGCUGCAUCGGGAGGAUAUGCAACGCGUUGGAGCUGAAGCACGACAUCGUGUGA